UUUUUGUUUUCACGCAACGGAAAUCAUAGAGAAGUGCACACAAGUGAUGUGUAUUGACAUUGACAUGUUUAAAGUAAACUACAGCCUUAGGGCCGAUAUUAUGACCUCCGGCUAAAUCCUCAGGUUAGCUAGCCUCCAGGUAAGGCUAGCCUCCGGUUAACGAACGAGGGGUGUAUUAUGACCCAUACUUAGCCUGCGGUUGGCUAACCGGAACCUGACGAAGCGUGUGGUGUAAUAAUGGGUGUGUUGGUAAUGAAAUAAAACAGAAUUUGGUAACUUUUGUUGCAAGACAGUUAUUUUUUCUGGUAGAAUGUUAGUCAGCUGUUUGUUUGUAUUGUGAUUCGGAAUGUUUACAGCUGCAGUAAAGAAAUAUGCCGCGAACUUUAUCUUGCAACAGAUAUAAUUAAAUUAACCAAAAACUACUUUGACGUCAAACCUGCUUUGUAUUAAACCAUAAAAUUACAAUUUACGAUUCAAAACCGUGUGUUUUCAACUUUACUCUUGUAUUGAAACUCAUGAUUUUGUUAGGUUAUAUAUUAAGCCAAAACUAACGAAGUAAUUCUAUACCAACAAAUAAAUAGGGGAUGACAUUUUUGCUAGAGAACACUUAUUUCUUUCAUAAAUUUAUUUCAUAAUCAAAUAAUAUAGACCCCGUUUCGGGAAAAUACUUGUCGAUUUUCAUUUCACUGGUGUAGGUUUCAUUUUUGUACUAAUAGUUUCGUAUCACGUAUCCAAAUUAAUCCGAUCCUGAUGGAAUUAGUUUGUGGUAUAGGAUGCUUGCUGUUUUAAUUUAGUAGGUCGAGAGAUCCUAGAUAUAUUCACUGGGAAAAUAAUUAUGAUUGUAAAAUGUAUGCGAAAGAAAUAUAUUUUUACAAGACCUGACAUAAUUUGUUUGCAUCGUGAUAUGUUAGGUAUUUUGUGUUGUUUACAGAAUUUUUCAACAUUCUAAAUUAAAACAGCAAGUAUAAUGUAAAACAAGACCAACAUAUAAAGGGUCAUGCCGAUAGGAUCAAGGGAUAAACUUGGAUACGGUAAACAGAAUAAUUCCAGUGCUGUUUUCUUUUUGCACUUGCGUGGCAGGUAGAUAAUAAGUACCUAAUGGUUUGUAAGAUAGGGAAGGGAUAAUUGGGUAACAUUUAUUUUCACAUUCAAUUGUAUUCAUUGAAUUAUAACCACGUCUGAAGUUGUAUGAAAUGCAUUUCAUUCCCGGCAUGUCCACUGUAUUACGAAUAAAAAUUCACAGAUACAACUUCCACGAAAACACACAUUUUAUAGGUACCUACCGGUAAUAAUAACCCUCGUUUUGCAAUUUUAAAAUUCACUUAUUUACACAUAUUCUUAAGUUUAUAUACAUAGCAUACGUUUAUGUACUUCGUGAUCAAUUAAAGUCAAAUAAUAAUACACGACUCGACGAGAAUAGAAAAGCGUGACUACACUUUCAUGCCAUGUAAUUUUUAAUAAAACUUUGACGAAUGCGAAGCAUUUUACAUUUAGUAAUAAAUUAUUCCAUGGCAUCCUGCAAAUAUUCAAUAGAAUUCCUCAAAUAGUCAUCAUCACUAACAACUAACCUCGCCUGAUACAUCGCCAUUUUAUUUUCUGUUGCUUAGCCUCCGGUUAAACAGCUAGCGGCCGGUUCAUCCACCCGCUAGGUUAGCCGGGACUUUAACUGGAAGGUAGACGUUAACAGGGAGUCAUAAAACCGAAAUAAGAGCUAGCCUGCGGUUAAAUUUUAGCCGGAACUUUAGCCGGAGGUCAUAAAACCGGCCCUUAAAGUAGUCGUCAUGCUCAUGUUCAGCAGCGUUUGUGAGUUGUGACCAUAGCUACAAGAACAAAAUAUCUGUGCCGAAUGUUGCGUCUCCAUGUUAUCCAUUCAUCUGUGGUGUUACCAAUCUAUAAUUGAAUAAUGUUUGUUUUGAUAUCUGUUCUCUCAUAUUUGAUGUAACCUAAACCAAGUAACUCAUUAUAGUUUAUAGAUCAUGGAAAGUGAUACAAAUCCAAGUUGUUCCAGCAGUGAAAGUUCAGUGAGUGCGAAAAAACGAAAAUACCUUCAGAAAUAUAAUGUUAGUUGGGAGAGCAAUCCAGCAUUUACUGGGUGGCUUUCUAUAAGUAAAAAGGGUGAGGGCUAUGCAUACUGCAAAGCAUGCAUGUGUGAUUUAUCUGUGAGUGCUGCAGGCAAAGUGGAAAUUGAAAAACACUCUAAAGGCACAUGGGUCGGGGGUGGAUACAUCAACGGCACCGCGGAGGUGAUGUUCACCUCUGGCCUGGCGUGGUGCCAGGUGCCCAUUGGCUACAGCCUGAGUCUUCUGAUUGGGAUGCUGCUGUUCGUGCGGCCGAUGAGGGACGCGCGCUACAUCACGAUGCUCGACCCGUUCCAGGCCAAGUACGGCUCUCGGGUGGGCGGCCUGCUGUACCUGCCGGCGCUGCUGGGCGACGUCUUCUGGGUGGGCGCCAUCCUCAACGCCCUGGGCUCGUCGCUGAUGGUGAUCCUGGAGCUGGACAUGAUGUCGUCGGUGAUCGUGAGCACGGUGUUCGCGGCCGCCUACACGAUGGCCGGCGGCCUCUACAGCGUCACCUACACCGACGUGCUGCAGCUCGUCUGCAUCAUCUUCGGCCUGGUGUUAUCUGUGCCGUUCGCCUACCUGCACCCCGCUGUUUCCCGGGAAGUCGUGGCCGAAACAGACUGGAUGGGCACCCUAGAAACUGCAGACGUCGGCACGUGGGUUGACAGCGGCCUGCUCCUCAUGUUCGGAGGCAUUCCUUGGCAGGGUUACUUCCAGAGGAUCCUGUCGAUAAAGAGCACGUUCAGCGCUCAGAUGCUGUCGUUGGCCGCGAUGUUCGGCUGCAUGGUGAUGGCGGUGCCCCCUGCGUUCAUCGGGGUGCUGGCUAGGGCCACAGAGUGGGACAAAGUGGACGGGUACAACAGGAAUGUGACGACCAGUGAAGGCGAGAUCAUCCUACCUCUCGUGUUGCGGUUCCUCACACCCGGUUGGGUUUCGUUCUUUGGCCUGGGCGCCAUCUCUGCGGCGGUCAUGUCGUCCGCAGACUCCAGCAUCCUCGGGUCCAGCUCCAUGUUCUCCAGGAACAUCUACAAACUGGCCGUGAGGCCCAAGGCGUCGGAGCGCGAGGUACUGUGGGUGCUGAGGAUAGCCGUGGUGUUCGUAUCCACGCUGUCUGCCGUUGUGGCGCUCACCGUGGGCUCCGUGUACUACCUGUCGUACCUGUGCUCGGACCUGGUCUACGUGAUCCUGUUCCCGCAGCUGCUGCUGGUGGUGCACUGGGCGGACGGCGUCAACACCUACGGCUGCCUCGCGUCCUACGUGGUGGGGCUGCUCGUCAGACUGCUCGGGGGCGAGAAGGGGCUCGGCGUGCCGGUGGUGCUGAGGUUCCCCUACUACGACGCCGCCACGGACACCCAGAGGUUCCCCUUCAAGACCCUGGCCAUGCUGUGCGCGCUCUGCGCCCACGUGCUGGCCAGCUGCGCGGCGCGGCUGCUGUUCGAGGGCGGCUGGCUGCCGGCCGGCCGCUGGGACGUGCUGGGAGCGUUCCCGCACCUCGGCGACGGCCCCCCCGCGGCGAAGGGCGAGGGCGAGCUGUACCGCCAGGUGUCCCCGGACACGCCCAUCGUGUCCUUGGACGAGGGCAGCGCGGGCAAGGAGGGGCUCGAGAACCCCGCGAUGGCGGACGUGUGCCACAAGGACAGCAGAUUCUGACCCGGUGCAGGCGGUUCCUCACCAAGUGCUGUGACUUACAAACAAGACUUUCAACUGUCAUUGGCAUAGUUGGAAUAAGGGCACAUGUGCAUGUGUGCGUGCCUUAAUUUGUGUAAAAAUUUUUUUUUUUUUUUAAAGAUGCAUUUUAUUUAAAUCUUUUUGCGGUGUUUAUAAACUAUGCAAGGAACGCAACAUGCAGUCAAUGCAAGAGAAUCGCUGUCAAUUAUAAAGUUGUAAGAUGUCACCUACCCUUCAACUUGAAAAUUGUACAUCAGUAGAAAAAAAAAUUCUUACCUAUGGUUUUCUUUUGAAUGUUCAUAUUUAUCAUGAACACAAAAUAAAUUGUUAAUUUCAAGCACUGCGUAAAUUUGAAACAUUAUGUAACAGUUUUCAGAACACUUCUCUUAGAGUCAUGCGAGUAUAGGAUUUUUAGGUCGAGUCGAGUUCGAGCGAGUAUUCAAGAAAUGUUUCGAGUUCGAGUUAAAUUCGAGUCGAGUAGUAAAAUCCAUAAAUAUCCACUAUUUAUAUAUAAACUGUCAUGUUUAAAGACCAGCAAAUAUCAAGGCCCUAUACAAAUCUCGGGUGUGACUAUUCUCAUUGAUGCAAAUAUUUUCAUGGUCUUUAAUAAUUUUGUUUCUUUUGAAAAUGCAGAGUAUUAUUAAAAUUUACUUGUUAACAAAAAAAAAAGUAUAAAGGAAUGUUUUAAUCACCGACACAGAGCAAAAUUUUAUUCAAAACCAUAGCAUAAGUGCAAAAGUAUUUGUCAACAUUCUUACCAGUCACCUAGCUGCAGGGUAUAUAUAUUAAGGAUUUUCACUGUUCCAGGAAAUUUUUGUAGCCAUACUAUAAAUAUCAACAACUUUUUUUUUAAGAAUAGUUAUACUGUUUAUAUUUUAAUAUACAUGUCUAAGCAUGAACAUAACUCAAUAUUAAAAAAAAAAAAAAAAAAAGACAGCAACAUUUUACUAGAGGAAUGAACAUAUUCAACAUUUUUGUAAAAGUCUUUCAUGGCGAAACACCAGCUGUUCAAUGUGCUCUGGAGAAAAGGUUUUCUCGGCAUGGAUACAGUAGAAUCUCGUUAUAAAGUACAUCAAUAAAACCUCAACUUUUAUACCUACUUAGUAAUGAAAGUACUUUAUUCUGAAAGUUACCUUUAAAACGUAGUACUUUUGAAUUUUUGAAAAUAAAGUAGUAGGGGAUCAAAUGUUACAUUAGCUUGGAAGCAAAUAUUUGUAAAACAAGAAUUUAAAAAAAAUUACUGAACUUAAUACAUUAGCCUAAAUUCUAGGCCUACAUAUACAAAAUUUAUAUCUGUCGAACACAAAAUGACAAAUGGUUUAAACUAUUUUGCAGAUAUGUACAUUUAUUGGGAUAGAAUUCCCUCGUCAUCUUCUUGGCGAAGUCUCUUGCGACCAGCAGAUAAAGAUGAAUUUCAUACAGUUUAAUAAUGUUUUCGUGAUCUUUUAUUAUUGUUGACAGUGUAGUGGGCACCAAACCAAACGACUGUGCCACAUCUUCAUUUUUCCUGCCUUUGUCAACUUCUUUUAAAAUUUCCACUUUUUCUUCAAAGUAAACUGCUUGCGUUUCUUUUUAUCUAUUUGGCCAUCCAUCCUGAUUAAAAUAUUCAAUCAACAAUAUUGUUUGCCUUGUGCCACGUCAAACGUAAACAAACCUCUCAUCCAUAGAUAACCAUAGCUCUGCACUAGUAGCGCACGUCGCGAGCAUGGCUGUGCCAGGCAAUAUUCCGACCUUCAUGAUUAAAGCGUGUCGGCUAUGUUGUGACACCAAACAGUUCAAAAAUUAACCUGCAUAAAUUAACAUUAUAUUGGAUUUUCUAUUUUGUAUAUAAGAUAAAAUAUAAUUUUUAUUUAACGUUUGUAUCUGCGGUAAUUGAAACUUUUAAUAUGUGCUCUAUAAAUUACCAAAAGAUGGCGAAGCUAAAAACAAUUGUCUUGAAGAGAGGUGAGAGAGCAAUCAAUUGUUUAGAUCGUCUCGUGCACUAAAGUGUGUGAUCCAUGGAGGACGAAUAGCGUGUUAUACUGUGUUUGUUUACGUUUUGUACUUGUUAACGAUUCUUGAAAGUGUUAAAAAUUAAUCAUAAUGUACAUUUAUAUUAAAGAACCCCUGCUCAAACACAGUAACUAUUAUGUAAAAUUUUCCUGACAACUGGAAAAGAAUGGUCGUAUUGAAAGGUAGGAUACGUUUUUAAUGUUAAAGUGAAAUAUUUUUACAUUGUUGUUUUGAGCGGGAAUUUAAAAUCAUACGGUGAACUGAAAGAUACAAUGGGUUUCUUUUAUUUACAUGCGCAAACAAGGUUAGUUAACACGUAAUUUUAAAUAUUUUUAUACUUCGGCCCAACCAAAAAAGUCUGAAAAGACUCAUUAAACUCGAACUCGACUCGUGAGUCGUGAACGGCCGUGCCGAGUCCGAGCACUAAUUAAAAACUCGACUCGAACUCGAAAUUCGAGUACUCGCAGGUCUCUACUUCUCUUCAAAUAUGGCUGUUGAAAGUUAACAAUACUUGUGUUGCGUUUAUGAACAAGGUACUUUAAAAAUUGUAUUGUCAAACAUUUUGUGUUCUUGUGUAGUUUAUGAACUAGGUUUUAAGGUUGUGUAAUGUUACUAACAAUAUCGGUAUUUUGUGAUACUGUGUUUCUUAAACUUUAACCACCUAGGGCAUUAUUUUAGUGUACGGGCCUUAUUCCAGCUAUGUCAUCAACUUGUGUACCUACUCACGUCAGUCAGUGUUCGGCGGACAGAGCAAGUCAUUGCAGGGUGAGCUGGGUCACAGAAAUUAAGAUUGGUGACACUUCAAGGAAGACUUAUAAACACGCACACAAACUGAUGCAAGCUUUGCAAAUUUCUUCCAUUUAUUUUAUAUGGUAUGUCUACAGAUACCUGGUCAAUCAAGUUCAGGACCUUUUAAUUAUACUUUCUCCCAAUUUUUAUUAUAAAUAAUUAAACAUAAUACAAAAUAGAUAUGCUUUCCACAAAAAAAUGUUUUAAAAGAAAUAUCUUUCGAAUUGAUAUGGUUUUAAUUUUUGUGUACAAUGUUCAUAAGUUAACUUCUCCACCACCAUUUAUAUAUUAAAUCAUCCUUGCCAAUGGAAAAACAUAAAAGUAUUAGUGAGAAGCUCUCGUCCGGCCGACUGACUGACUGAUUUGCUGCCUUAAGCUUUUAAGUAAGCGAACAUCUGUGAUUGUAACAUUCACACUGUAGACACAACGUGCAUUUAUGUACAGAAUAGAUGUUAUGACAAUAGAAAUGCACAGCUAUUUGGUUUCUAGAUUGAGGGCCAUGUAUACACUUGCCCUCAAAACUAGGAGCCAAGCACAGUGAGAAGUCUUUAAUCCAGCACAUUUGUAACCACGGCCGUGCUGACAUAGCGAUUUUGCCGGAUUAUCAAACGUUACUUAUAGUUCAAUUUGGAAUGUGAAAAGUAUUCUGCUAGAAAACAGUAGACACUAAGGAAAUGAAGAUCAAAAAUAAUAAUGUACUCUGAUAGGCUUCUACGAAUAACUUCUUUGCUGAGGGAAAUAUGUUUGGUAGGUGUUGGGGAAACUAGUAGAGGGGAGCGCAUCAGCGGUGAUGCCACCCCAAAAUUACGUUGGCAAACACUCGAUGGGAGUAGAAUUACAGAAUGUGAUGGACAAUAAAUUGCCAGAUUAAAGACUUUACUGUAGUUUGGGAUACAGUAAACAAAAGCUUAUGAUCUUAAAUAAACUCUAUGUUUUUAGACACAUUCAGAGGCAAGUGUUUUGAGCUUUCGUGAAUUGGACAUAUUUUAUGAUCACACAUCUAAUCUUUUUGGGCUUGAUUUUCUUGAUCAAAAUUCUGUUAUAGUUAUUUAGUAGAACUCAUUAUCAAUUUAUAAUACCUUUAUUAAUUAAAUCACAAUUUCACUUGUUUAGGAAACUUUACUUUUCUUGUAUGUUAGUAGCUUUUUCUUUUAGUCCCACUACAUUCAUAAUAAGGGGUUCGAAGAAUAAAUUUUCUAAUUACUUUAUGUAUUUUAUACUGAACGAAAAUAAUAUUUUACCAUAUUGUAGUUUCCAAACAACAUGGAAUACUUCAUUAGUGUCUUAGAGAAAUUUUUCACUAGAUUUUCUUGAAAUUGUUCUUAACUGCAUCAAAUAUUUGUCUGCAGCCUACUUUAUUUGAUUAAAUAAUGAAUUUUCUAUAGUACUAAUGCUACCAUAAUGUAUGUUGGUAGGUACAGUAGAACCUUGAUGAUACGUUCCCGUGUCAUACGCCGAUUAAUUUUGGUCCCGCCGAAAGUAAUAGGUUUACUUUCCCGGAACAUACACUUAUAAAGUAAUGAAUUUCCCGUUUCAUACGUUAUUACAAAGCGGAGAAGUCCUAAAAUUCACAAACUUUUUAUAUUCCUCCUGAAAAAAAUACGUUUUAAUGCUUUUAUUUUCAAAAACGUUCAUUGUUUACCUUUGCAAACGUAAGAAAAUAACUUUAUCGCACCAUAGAUAUGGAUAUUAUCAGAAAGACUGUGCACCUCGCUACUAGUAUCUAUGGCCAGCACCGAGCGAGACUAGUGGCGCAAACUAGCAAUGAUUAUGAAAAUGGUCAACGCGCUUUACCAAGGCACGGAUCUCAUAUUUUGUGCAUUCAUUAAUCUUUAAGAGGCCGUGUCAGUAAAUUUUUAUUUCCAAUAUUCUGGUCUAGAAGUUCUCUCUUUUAACAGUGAGAUUUAGUGGCUUAUUCAACCGAAGUAACUGUAACCGCAGCGCGUGAUAAAACUACUAUACCGCCAGAUUACUCGACGAAAAAUGUAUCUGGUUCCUCGACAAUCUGAGAGGAUGACAAUCUGACCGGCGGCUCACUAGGAAAUUGCGGUGCAGGAAUUCAGAAUCAAGAAACCUCACAUUUACAACUGUAGUAUGAGUCGUAUCUAAAAAUUUUAAUACUUUAAAUGUAUCGGAAUACAAUUAAUCUUCAAACAUGUGGUAAUUAUUCUUUAUCUGGAUGUAAUAUUCCGUGAAAAAUAAUGGUAGUUGACAUUAAAAAGUAUACGAAAUUCAUAGUGUAACGUUUUAAAAGGAUAAUAACAUAAAUUCUUAUGCUUAGAUAUUGCAUAUGCAUUACACACAAUCUAAAUACAAUCUCACUUAAGUCAGACUACCUAAUUUUUUUACAAUGCACCAUCAUACAGUUUAACAGAGGUAGGAGAGAGAACCUCUUAUCGAUGUUGUUUCAAAGAAUCUAAAUUUACAAAUAUUACUAUUUAUCUUAUUAUGAUAUGUAUCUUUAUGAAUAAGAAUUUACAAAAAAAAAUGAAUUGAUUACAUUACACUUUAACAUUACAAAAGACUAAAACACUAACAAAACUUAGUUUUAUAUAUUGUUGUAGCAUAUUAGAAGACGAAAUAACUCACUAGACUAACAUUAAGAGGGCUGUAUCACAAAUUUACUUUACAGAGGAGAAAAUAUCUUUUAAAGAUAUUUCAUUACCUCAUUGAUUACAUAAUACUGCCGUUGAUGUGAUCGUAGAUAUAAAGUAUUGAAAAAUUAGAUUUCAUUAUGUUUAUGUAAAUAUUUAGAAAACGUUAUUGCUUAUAGAUGCUCAUUAUUUAAAUAAUAAAGAAUCUUUUACUUUUAUGUACUGGACAAACAAAAUACUUAUAAGUUAAUAAGCUUAGUUGAAUAACAUCUUCAAUUUGUAUUGAAUUCAAUGUACAAAUUGAAAAUCAUGUACAAUGAAUGCAACUGAUUGAAUUCAAUAAAUAUUUGAUCUUGUGAAACGGCCAUAAUGGUGAUGUAGAUAAUUAUAGAUACUCACAUGCAUUUUGAGAGUCCUUAUAAAGCCUAUUACAAUUCUAUAAGUAUACAUUAAAAUGAUUUUAAAAUAGACAUGUGUAAUAUAAUUAAAACUUGUUUAAAUAAGAUCAUAACAAAAAAAAAUGAAAAUCCUUCAACAGUAAGUUAUGUUUUAUAAGAUUUUAACAAAACACACAUACCAUAAGAGAAUAUUAAUCAUGCCACAUAAUUCAACACAAAAUAUUCAUUCCAAUAGGCGCUACGUAAAAAUAACUUAUAUUUUUAUGCUGAUAACUUUGCAUUGUUUUAUAUAUAUCAUUAUUUCUAACUUUUAAUAUUCUCCACACAUUAACUGAAAUUAAGUAUUUUCAGAGCCUUAGCAAGUGUUGGUCUGUACCACAUACAUUUCGUACGAUAUCUCUACGUGAAACACAUACAGUUCAUUAUUUGUAAUUUUAAUUAUAUUUCCAUGAACAUAAUGAAAUUAGUAUAGGGCCUAGGUUGUUCACUGUUGAGUACUUCUGAAGUAUUUUCAUUGUGAGUUAACAUACAUACCAAAUGCCAUUCUUCCAGUAAAGUUACAAAGAAGACAACAAGAUAAUAUAUGUAUAAUAUGUAUGUAGUACCAUAUUUUAAACCCCUAUUAAAUGAAUAAUAACUCAAUCUCUUUUCUGGACUAUUAAGUAAUAGUUUUUGAUUACUGUUAUUUGUAACUUAAAUAAAAUGACAACUAACAAAUUAGUAAAAUAUAUAAUUACGUGCGAUAUAGUGACAGGUUUACUUGGACGGCAAACGAAUAUAAUAAAAUGUCUAUGACAAUGUUAACUUUACUCAUUAUUAUGGAAAGAAACAAAAUGGGCAGAUAAGCAUAUUCUACGCUGACAUUUAAAAAUGCUCAAUUCAAAAUGAACAUUUCUUCCCGAUGACAAACAAAAAAGUUGUAUGGUCGCGAAUAAUACAUUCGUAUGGCGUCACAUCAGCGGAAUAUUCCCUUGGCAUAAAUGUGUGAAGUCUGUGACACAAAAACAAAUGAACGAACAGCUUUUUUUUUAUCGGAUGUGCAAUCGGAGACCCCUGGGGUGGUUGAAGAGUGUCAGGUCGGUCGCCAGACCAGAUAGUGAAAGCUCAGGGGCUUAGGAUAGAAAAGGCCUAUCUCCAAAUUAUUAAGUAUAAAUGUUGUCAUGAAAUAGUUAAAGACUUGAUUACAACCAGGUUUUUAAACCCAUCAUGAUCAUGAAGACACUGAUCGGAAGGUGAUGUACAAUACAUUUCAAUGGCCUUUUCAGUUUUUGCUAAAUAAUUAUAAAUAUAAGCAAAAUUCCACUGUAUCUGGACAAAUCAAAAUAUUGAUUAUAUUUUUUUCAUCACAGAAAUAAUAUAUGAUAUAACUAAAUUUGAAAAAAGCGGUUAUGUUAAAUGUAUUGUAUACUUUCAGUAGGCAAAAUUUCUGGCCCCUACCUCUUAUAGACUUUGAGAAAAACUGCCUUUUAAAAUAACAUUGAUAUAGAUAGGAGCGCAAAUUUGUGACACGGCCUCUUAACUGAAUAUAGCCGUUUGUUAUUGUUUUCUUACGAUCGGAUUUUUUUUUUUGUAUUGUACGUUUCUUAGGUUAACAUUUUAUUGAAAAUUGUUCUGUUGCAUAAAGUUGUUUGUAAAAUGAAACACACAAGCAAAAAUUUCUGAUUUUCUUUUUACAAUAGCCUAAUUUUGGCUUGGUGACCUUUCCCCCCUUCCAAGAAAGGACUGCUUUACUUGGUUAUGGUCUGUAUUUUACAUUUGUGGUGGUAUAUGUAAUGAUGAAUUCAUAUCUUUCAUUAAUAUAAUGCAAUUAUUUACACAUUAUGUACUUAAGUUUAAUCAGACAUUGUGCUGGUAUGCUAGAUUGAAAAAAAAAUGUUAUUAUUGCCAUUCCCUUUUCAUACACUUUCCCGCAUCAUACACCAUUUUUGUGCCCUCCAUUGAAAAGUGUAUGAUAGGGGUUCUACUGUAUAUAGUACAGGACUGCUACUUGCAGUUUGAGUUUAAACAGUAAUUUAGUGUGUACUGUGAUUUUAGAGAUAAAACCAGUUUUAAUUGGACAAUAAUUAUUGUGGUAUUCAUAAAACUGUAGCUUGUUUUUGUUCAACAGAGCAUUGUAAUAUGUAGGAUGUUACAUUAAAUGUCUGAGCAUCUCAUCAAACAAUGCCUUGGAAAUGUUAUAAUGCACAAUAAUAAAUGCUGUUUUUUCAUAAUCUG